CUAGAACUGUUUUUGGAAAGGAACAAGAAAAUGGCGAAGGUGAGGAGGCAGAGCCACAGCGACCGAGUCCGAGUGCGUGGAGUGGAAACGGACAUCGCCCUCUUGAGCUGGGUCGUUGUAGCAGUUCCGUAGUUGCGGUUUUGGUACUUGUUAGGGCUGCUCUCCUUCGCCCAUAUGGGAAGGAAAAUGGAGAGCCGGAUGGAGUCAACUGAGGUGGAGGAGGAGGAGGAGAUGCAUCGCUGCGCUGAUGAGGAAGCCACAGUCGCCGCCGUGGCGGAGGAGCCUAGCAUCGACGCCGACAAGUUGAGCUACGAGAUCUUCUCUAUUUUAGAAAGCAAAUUCCUUUUUGAUUACGACGACCACAACAAGCUCUGGCUUUCCGCCGCUCCGUCUGUGGCUGACUCCGCCCCGCCUGCGCCGGAGGAGGCGAUGCAGUCGUCCUCCUUCGGGAACCAGAGGGGCAAGGUUUGCGUUCUCUGCAUCGACGGCGGCGGGGGAGGCGGCAUGCGGGGUAUUCUCCCUGGGAAAGCCGUUUCUUACCUGGAGCAGGCUCUCAAGGCCAAGUCCGGCGACCCCGACGCGCGAAUCUCUGAUUAUUUCGACCUCGCCGCUGGCACCGGCGUCGGGGGUGUCUUUGUCGCCAUGCUCUUCGCUAGCCGCGACGGCGUCCGCCCGCUUUUCGAGGCCGACGACACCUGGCGCUUCCUCGCCGACAAGGGCAAGAAUCUCUUGCGGAAGGCAUCGUCUUCGCGCAGCGCGUUCCUCCGCUGCCUCUCGCUCCGCGGCGGCGCGUCGACGACGGCGGGCGUGGACAGGGCGAUGAAGGAGGCGUUCGGCAAGGACCUGACCCUUCGGGACACGGUGAAGCCGGUGCUGAUCCCCUGCUACGACCUGCUGACCUCCGCUCCGCUCGUGUUCUCGCGCGCCGACGCCGUGGAGAGCGAGGGCUUCAACUUCCGGCUAUGGGAGGUCUGCCGCGCGACGUGGGCCGAGCCGGGGCUGUUCGCUCCCGCAGAGAUCAGCUCCGUGGACGGGACCACCGCCUGCGUCGGCGUCGACGGCGGACUGACGAUGAGCAACCCUACGGCGGCGGCGAUCACGCACGUGCUCCACAACAAGUACGAGUUCCCCUUCGUGCGCGGGGUGGAGGACCUGAUGGUGCUUUCCCUCGGAUGCGGGGACGCCGUCGAUGGCCGGCGAGGGGCCAGGGAGUGGACUGUCCCUGUCUCGCGCAUCGCGGCCGGCGGCGCCGCAGACCUCGUGGACCAGUCCGUCGCGCUCGCCUUCGGCCAGUGCCGGAGCUCCAACUACGUUCGCGUGCAGGGUAAUGGCCGGAGAAUCAGCGUCGACGCGGACUUCUGCGACGUCAAGGCGCUGUCGCAGGCAUCUGAAGAAAUGCUGAGACAGAAGAACGUGGAAUCUGUGCUGUUCGCCGGGAAGAGAGUGAAGCAGGAGACGAAUAUGGAGAAGCUCGACUGGUUCGCCGGGGAGCUCGUGCUGGAGCACCGGAGAAGGAGUUGCCGCAUCGCUCCCACCGUCGCAUUCAAGCGAGCGAUCCCAAAGCCCACAAAUCGGUCUUAGCAGGGUGUUCUUUCUUUGAUUAUGCUCUCGUAUCGUAUCCGUCGUCUUUUUUCUUCACCAGAACAUCGUCUCGAUCAGAUCGACCUCAGAAUUGCUGGAAGGAAAAGGAUGUUUUCUUCUUGCAUCGAUCUCGUGAGAUUCUCCCAACUGUAAAUAAAUUGUUUGAUCCUAUCGCGGGGAGAAGACGCACUGACUAAAUGAAUGUUGACGGAGGAAACAUUUUGAGCAGGGAGCUGCGCGGACUUAGAGCUAGAAUCUGUGGAUCUGUGCACAAAACCAAUAGAAAUGUUAGAUUGAGAAUCAAGGAGGGGUCUCUCCCAGAGAUACUCUGAAAUUCAUGUCAAAAUAGUAGUGGACUGAAAAUUAGAAGAUGAAUAAUAGAACGGUAGUAUGAAUGUAUGUGUACGUGUGAGCAUUUGAGGUCAACGACGAGGAUUUUCAUUUUA